CUUUCCUUAAGGACUACAUCAGUUCUCCAGUCUUCAGCCAUGAAAGUGAUUGCCAUCGUUCUCCUUAUGGCUGGUGUUGCCAUGGCCCAGUACGCUGCACACGGUGCCCCAGUUGUUCACCAGGUGGUCCACCAACCUGCUGCAUAUGGUGCUGCUUCCGCCGGACAUGCCUACGGAGCCCACGGACAACACGCUUCUGGAUACGCCGCCCAUGGAAACGCACACCACGCCGACCGAGGACACUACGCUGACAGGACACACGCCGCUCACGGACACCACAACGCCGGAGCUGCAUCCAGUCACGAUGCCCACGGAGCCCAAGCUUCCCACUACGGCAAGUACCGAAACGUUGGAGCUUACGCCAGUGACAAGGGAACCGGAUACGAAAAGGCCUACGCCUACGAUAAGAAGGCCGGACACCAUGCCAUCCUCAAUGACCACGGUGCCCACGCUAGCAGGUACGGAGUUGCAGACAGGGCUGCACAUCACAAUGUUGGAGCUUACGCUCAGGCCGGACACGACAGACAUGGAGCCCACGACAGAUACGCCGCCCAGGCUCAUGGAGUCCGAGCCCACGACAACGCCGCUUACGGGCGAUACAGCACUGGACACCAACAGGCUUAUCAACAAUCCCCAGCAGUAGUCUCUUAUCAACAAGCCCCAGCACAUUCCUACCAUUACUAAAGAUCUCACUUUGAACGGUUUUCUACUGGACAUUCAUGAUGGGAAAAGAAAAUCACAAUAUUUGUUGUUUUCUCUGUCGUUACAUUAUUAUUUAUUAAAUUUUCUUCGUGUGAAAAAAACAAACAAGAAAAACC